AUGGAAAAGCCGAAGGACCACGAAACGAGCGACAUGCCAACCGAAAUUAGAGAGCCGACCGUGCGAGCAGACACAACGCUCAGUGAUAAACCACCCAUCCAGACCGACUCCGAUGAGUCAAAUGAUGAGCUGCUGGUGACUUGGGAUGGUGACGAUGACCCCAAUUGUCCUUUCAAUUGGUCUCUGGCCAGACGAUGGGCCAUCACCCUAUUGUGUUCUAUGGGAGGAAUGGUAACUCUGAUGAGUGCAUCCAUGCUUGCGCCCGCCUUGGGCGACAUUGGCAAUGACCUCAACAUCACUGAGAGUGAAGCGAACAUGGUUGUCUCGAUAUUUGUGCUCGCCUUUGCUUUCGGACCCAUGGCUCUAGCUCCUCUGGCUGAAGUGUUCGGUCGCCGAUGGGUGUGGAUUCUGGCUUCGACAUGGUAUGUCCUGUGGAAUACAGUCUGCGGAUUCUCUCACACCAGAGGUCUCAUGCUGGCUGGGCGAAUAUUGAGCGGACUGGGAGCCAGUGCAGAGUAUGCCAUCUCGACUCCCGUUCUGGCAGACUGCUGGCGGGCAGAGGACAGAGGCCAUUCUUUUGCGAUCGCAACUUUCGUGCCCUUGUUGGGCCCGGCAAUUGGACCUAUCCUCGGCGGAGUCAUCACGGAGAAGAUUGGAUGGCGGUGGUUAUUUUGGGUUUUGUCUAUCUUUGAUGGCGCUUUGGUGAUAUACGCCUUACUUUUCUUUCCCGAAACGUAUCACAGACUGCUACUCCACCGAAAGGCCGUCAAGUUGGAGAAGGAGACUGGCAGGCCUUUCCACACUAAGACCGAUGCUCACAACCAACCGCUGGUAAGGAAGGUCUGCUACAGUCUUGCCCGCCCAUGCUGGAUGCUCGCGACCCAGCCAACCAUUCAAAUCAUGGCAAUCUUCCUGGCAUACAACUACGGUGUUCUAUUCUUUGUCCUCACCAGCUUUGCUUCCCUCUGGACUGAAAAAUACCAUCAAACGGUGCUGAUCAGUGGUGUUCAUUAUGUUGCCCUCGUGAUCGGCUAUACUGCUGCUGCUCAAGGUGGUGCUCGCAUCACUGACUGGCUCUGGAAGUAUCUGACCCGCAAGCGAGGUGAAACCGCUCCGGAAUAUCGAAUCCCCCUCAUGAUCCCCGGAAUGGUUUUCUUGCUUGCCGGAUUGUUCUGGUAUGGCUGGGCCGCAGAGGCGAUAGCCCCGUGGAUCGUCGUCGAUAUCGGGGUAGCCGUUUUUGGCUGUGGAGUAAUCCUAAGUACCCAAGCCAUGCAGCAGUAUGUCAUGGAGUCCUACAAGGAAUAUGUGGCGUCUGCCAAUGCCUCCAGUCAGUUCCUGCGGAGUAUUUUCGGGUUUUGCUUCCCCAUAUUUGCACCAGCGUUGUACAAUCGUCUUGGGUAUGGAUGGGGAAACAGUACGUUGGCGUUCAUCAUGAUAGGCUUCGGUGUGCCUGCACCGUUUGUAAUCUGGACCUACGGAGCGAGGCUUCGUGACAAGGGUAAACAGAGAGCAAAAGGAAAGGUCUUUUUAGCCUAG